CUUCCCCGAGCCACAAACCAAAGCAACACCGACAAUGUCGAUCGUGAGGCGUAGCAACGUGUUCGACCCAUUCGCCGACCUUUGGGCUGACCCCUUCGACACCUUCCGCUCCAUCAUCCCGGCGAUCUCAGGCAACAACAGCGAGACAGCCGCGUUUGCGAAUGCCCGGAUGGACUGGAAGGAGACCCCCGAGGCGCACGUCUUCAAGGCCGACCUCCCCGGCGUGAAGAAGGAGGAGGUCAAGGUGGAGGUGGAGGACGGCAACGUGCUCGUCGUCAGCGGCGAGCGCACAAAGGAGAAGGAGGACAAGAACGACAAGUGGCACCGCGUGGAGCGCAGCAGCGGCAAGUUCGUCAGGCGCUUCCGCCUCCCCGAGGACGCCAAGGUGGAGGAGGUGAAGGCCGGGCUGGAGAACGGCGUGCUCACCGUCACCGUGCCCAAGGCCCAGGUCAAGAAGCCCGAGGUGAAGGCCAUCCAGAUCUCCGGCUGAGUAUUCGGGUCAGAGCCAGUGUGGUUCAUGUGCGUGCGAGUUCUGCAGCCUAAAAGUAUGCUACAGUUGUGUCUUUGUUCUUGCCGAGUCUGGUCUCUGUAUUGCGUUUCUUUUCCCUGUC